UUAUUUUAAAUCAAGGUUAUUACUAUUAUGUAAAAUCCACACCAUCAGGUUACUUCUGGUCAUAAUGAAUUCUCGACAAAACAAGUAUGAGAAAGCAAGACGAAGAUUGGCGGCAGUAACGUUUUUAUCAAAUAUAUCAUUGGAUGGGACAUUUAGAGACACCGAAUUAUGUUUAUCUUCAAAGAGUUUGAAAAAGAAUGAGCCCGAAGUUGCCGCAGUUGGCGUUCACAGUGAUGAAGUGGUGGACGGUGGCAGGGGCCGCAACAAAGCCCCGCCACUGAGUCCAGUGCACAGGAAUGGCAUCGACCAUCGCUCUCUGCAGUCGGACACUGAAUUUACAUCACCUGCUGCAUCACAGCAAACACACAAGGAGAGGUCUGGUAAUGCAAAUACAGAAUAUCAUAAAGAGAAACAUGCUAGCACAAAGGGCAGAAAAGCUCACAUGUCAUCAUUAACUGGCAUUAACACUGAUGAUAAAAGCAGUAAUGAGAGCUUAACAUUUGGUCGUUUCCGCACAAACAGCACAUGUGUAUCUGAAAAUCAGUCUAAAAAGAUCAGAGUUGUGCAGCCAUCAAAGGGUGUUUCAUUCAGGGAUGAAAGACUCGCAUUCGCAACAGCACAGGGGCUGCCAUGUGUCAUAUUCAGUACUAUACCAUAUUCAAGGACAGUGCGCUCAUCAAGAGUUGAUCACAGGAAGGAUGGUGUACGAAGGCGCAACACAUCAGGUCCUCGACCGCUGUCAGCUAUCACAGACAAUGGCAUGGAUCCUUUUGAUCUGUUGGGUCUUGAGAGGGAAGAAAAUGGACAAGAUAUCUCCUACUCUAAGUUACUUAUUCCAUCUCGCUAUUGCUCCAGAGAGCAGUAUAAGAAAAUGUUUGAAGGGGACUUCAAUGAUAAAGCUACCUGGAAAAUGUUCAAUCGUCAUCCACAUGUCAUUGCCAGGACUAAGUUAUUGACGAGGCACAAGGAUAAGAAAUGGUGUAUCUCAUACGAGUCGUCUCAGCGCGCCACGACGGCCGCGUCGCCGCCGCACACCACUAUUGACAACAAAGCAUUCGACUGGGACGACGCUCCCGUCAUCCCACAGAAAUACGUGCAGUACUGCCCCAACGUGCUCGACGACCCGGAGCUGAUCGCGGGCAAGCACCGCACGCUGCUGACCUUCACCUCGUACAUGACGUCGGUCAUCGACUACGUGCGCCCGCAGGACCUCAAGAAGGAGCUCAACGACAAGUUCCGGGAGAAGUUCCCGCACGUCAAGCUGACUCUGAGCAAGCUUAGGAGCAUAAAGAAGGAGAUGCGUAAAAUCGCUAAGCACGACUGCGGAGGCAUCGACCUGCUGUCCGUCGCGCAGGCCUACGUGUACUUCGAGAAGCUCAUUCUGGCCAAUCUCAUCAACAAGGACAACAGGAAGCUCUGCGCCGGCGCGUGUCUGCUGCUGUCCGCUAAACUGAAUGACGUGAAGGGAGAAGCUAUGAAGGCGCUGUUAGAGCGCAUCGAGACCACAUUUCGACUCAACCGCAAAGACCUGAUCCGCUUCGAGUUCGCCGUCCUUGUGGCUCUCGAGUUCGGGCUGCACGUGCCUCCUUACGAGGUGUUCCCGCACUACCAGCGGCUGCUGCACGACUCGUGACCCUGGCGCCGCGUGUCGCUGGAGCCGUGCGUGCGUGUCGCGCAUAGGAGGCGCUCCAGCAUCGUGGACAACUGGCGCGCCGGCGCGUGGAUGUGAGGCUGUCCGCGUAUGUAGUGUCCUUGUUUGUGGUAGGUAGAGCCGUUAGAGGCGUGAUUAGGGAGGAUUAGCUAGAGUAGGUAAUAUGGUCACCUUGUUUAACUCUUAAAUCGCCAAUACACUCAGGAGCAAUAAAAUAGUUACACUUACCAAAUGCCAAAUGAUCCCAUUUUUUUUAAACAUUUAAUUAAGAAUUUGAUCAAAAUAUUUUAAUUUUGAGUUGGUAAUAUUCAGACGCGCUGUUAAAUGUAGAAUAUUGAAGCCGGAGGCGGCGUCAUCAAGCUAGUCUUUUCCGUUUAGGAGUAAUUUAUUCUAUUUUCACUGGAACUUUUAAUUGGUCGUGAGUGUAUUUACGGUUUGUUAGCCAAUAUUUAUAAAGUUUUAUGUCGACCGUUCCCUUGCCUAUUAUUGAAUUAGACCACCGCAGCCGAUGAAAGUGAUUGUAUGGAAUUUAAAUUGUGCAGAGGCUUUUAGAGUAAGUAAAUUAAAUUAUUUAUUGAAUUAGUGCGAUAAUUAUUAAUGUAAAUAAGCUAGGAAUUUAUUCGGCGUAGGUUGACCCAACCAGCCAUUUUUAACAGGAAUUCAUAAAUAAUUAAUUACAGUGUAUUUAUUCUUAAACUGUAACUUAGCCUUACAUACUAGUUGAAUUAUUUGGCUAACCCUUGGUCUAUAAUUUUAUUGAAGUUACGGAUCCGCAAACAUACUCAUUCAUUUGAUAAACUUGUUUUUGUUUCUUGUGAAAGUUUAUUCAUUGAAUUUAUUUAAUCCAGUACCCCUACUCUUGAAAGGCAAUGUAAUGCGUCUGUCUUGCGUUCUCAACAUUUAAAAAAACUUAACUUCUCUUCAAAAGCGUUUUUACAAAGAGUAAAAAUACUAUCAUGAUCAGCUAGGUAAUGCCUUUUUGAGAACUUAGCACUAAGAACCAAGUACCCAAAUGAAGAAUUUAUUUUACAUUUUUUCCGAAAAAGGCUUUUUUGUAAAGUAACUUCUAAAUUGUAUGCAUUAUAUUC